UUUUUUUUGAUAAUUAUUAUUCGUUAUCCCCAAACCAGCCUAAAACCCUGUGAAGUGUUUGCAUUCCAUUUCGAAUUCGAUAAACCUCUCACUGACUCAUUUCGAAGAAGCAAAAUCUCAAUGUCAGGUUUAAAGUUCGCACUCUUCCGCAUCCCUCGAACUCAACCUCUAACCAACAAACUCAACCAUCCUUUUCUCUUUUUCAAACCACCGCACCGCCGCACUUCUUUCUUCUUCUCCUCCUCCGCCGCCGCAACCUCCGCCUCCGCUGUAACUGUAUCUUCCGUCGACCAUCCCUGGCCUGAAUGGAUCUCAUUCGUCGACCGAUUGACCGCCAAAGGCUAUCUCUCCCAAUCAACCGAUGCCAGUGUUUACUCCAACAUCAACCUCUUGAAAGAUGCUUCUCUUAGCUUCGCUCGUGACCGUUACGACGUUUUCAAAUUGCUGUCAGCGGAAGAUAUUCAAGCGGUUGUUGAAGGAGGAUGUCCUAAUCUUCUCCGUAAAGCUGUUAAUUCGGCUAAAAGGCUCAGAGCUCAUCUUCGAUUAGAAGAAGGCGAUGUUUGUAGUGCUUGCAAUCUGCGAGACUCUUGUGAUAGAGCUUAUGUGAUUCUAAAGGAAUCUGAAGCUGAUGCUCGAACUGUGGAUAUUGUGCGGAUACUUUUGUUCUAUGCGGUGGAUCCACUUGUUCUUUCUGGAGGAGCGAAACCACCGGGUCGAGAAGUUAUUGAAUCAUCUGCAAGGCAACUUCUAUCUCAGUUGAUUGAGUUGAGUGAGGCGGCUCCUGCUCCUCCUCCUGUUCCUGCUCAAUCAAAGUCCACUUCUAAGGAUGCUGCGGCAAAAAGCAAACCUCUAAGUUUUAAGGCUGAUAUGUUGUCUAAACAUGUUGAGAUGAAGAAAGGCGACUGGACGUGUCCAAAAUGCAAUUUUAUGAACUUCUCUAGGAAUAUGAAAUGCUUAAAUUGCGAGGAAGAUAGGCCAAAGAAUAUUGACCCUCCAGCUAUUGAAAUGAAGGAAGGAGAUUGGACCUGUUCUGAAUGCAAUUUCUUAAAUUUUUCCAGAAACAUAAAGUGUCUAAAAUGUCAAGCAGAGGGGCCCAAGAGGACCAGUAGACUCAAUAUGAAUGAGGUUCAAAUGAAAAAGGGAGAUUGGACAUGCCCACAGUGCGGGUUCAUGAACUAUGCAAGUAAUGUCAAGUGCUUGAAGUGUCCUGAGCCAAGGCCCAAGAAAAAUCCCGGGGAAUGGAAUUGUCCUAAGUGUGAUUUCUUGAAUUUCGCAAGUAAAACCAAGUGUUUUCGUUGUGAAGAGUCAAAUCCAAAUCCCAAGACGUAUCCUGGAGAUUGGAGUUGUCCAAAAUGUGAUUUCUACAAUUAUGCAAGAAACACGAAAUGCUUGAAGUGCAAUACUAAACAGUCUAAAGAACAACCAAACAAUGAGGAUGAAGAGCGUAUUUGGAGGAGACAAAACUGAAUAGAAAAAGACCAGGCUUAAUUUUGUUGAGGUCAUGAUUGUGAUUUUUGGUUGUAAAAUUAUUUGUUACAGAUGCAUUAUGUGUCCAAUUUUCUUACUCAUACUUUUCAUUAAUGUUGAGCUAAUAGCUUCUUCACCUUUGAAAAAAUCACUUCACCAUUGCGGUGCGAUUGUUUGAUGAGAGUUUGUGUAGGGAUAAUUUGUUUAUUUCUUCA